AUUGCUGGAACACCUGUUUGUCAGGGCCCUGAGAAAGAAGGGCAGAACCCGAGGAAUCAAAACACAUUUGUCAGCAGAAACCGCAACAGUAAAGAUAAGGGAGAAAAGCAGCCUGCCUGGGAACAACGAUGAGACCCAAUAGGGAGCAGGAGACCCCAGACCCAAAAAUUACUAUUGGUCUGAACUACCGCGUGAGGGGUGGGAAACUUAAUUUGAAAAAGCUAUAAUUGCCCAGGGAUUUCUUUGUUCAGGGUCCCUCUUCGGAGGCACCCAACUCGAGCUGUAACUACUGCACGCGUGUCAUUACAAUUUAUUUAUUUAAUUUGCCUUGAUUUGGCUCCAAACUUUUCAGCGGGAACCUAGGGUCGGACCCUGCUCGAGUUGUAAUUACUGCACGCGCAUCGCUAAAAUUUACACCCAGGGUGAAGAGGACCAACGGGACGCCGCUGGAUCCACGGGUGGUGAUAUCUCUUUCUCUCUCCCCCUUUUCUCUCUCUCUCUUUCUCUCUCUCCUCCCCUUUGCCUUUCCCCACCUUUUCUCCCCACUCCGUGGAAAAUAAAGUUAAAAGGUUGUACGAUAUUUGACCGGUUUUAGCGUCUUAAUCUCGUCCUUGGGAUCGUAACGAAACCCUCCCGAUAUUGGAUCGGGACAUCUAAUUGGCGUCACGGACAGGAUCCCUUGAGACGAGAGUGUCGUACAACCUUGUGGUGUGCUGAGCGAGUGUGUGUGAACGAGACGUACGAACAAGUACGAAGCGAGUGCGGAGUUCCGAUCCGCGGUUCCACUCUCCCGCGAGGGAAGCGGCCGGAGACGAAGGAAGCGUAAGGAAGGAGUGAAUGCUGAGUUCUUUAGUAUAUUAGUUGGUGGUUCGGCUCCUGAGGGUGUAUAGGGGAAACUUGGAUUUUAAGGUGUGACCCCCUCAGGAUGAAAUCCCCUUUGUAGGACGUUUUUGAACUAGUUUGUGGUUUGGCUCCUGAGGGUGUAUAGGGGAAACUUGGAUUUUAAGGUGUGACCCCCUCAGGAUGAAAUCCCCUUUGUAGGACAUUUUUUGUAGUAGCUUACGGUUUGGCCUCCCGGGAGCGUAUAGGGGAAACUUGGACUCCUUUAAGGUUUGGCCCUCCCAGGACGAAAUCCCCUUUGUAGGAUAUGGCCGCCCAGAAGGCAGGCAAUUUUUGUGGAGAAAUCGAGAAAUUGUAUGAUCUUUUGGAAGUACACUGUUCUCACCCCUCGCCCUCAGGACGAGACUGGGCACGGGACCAUUGGUUCCAAUUGCAAAGUGUAGUGGACCGAAUAGCGGUGUUGCAAAAAGAAGCUAAAGUUAAGAGAGGAAAAGGGAAAGCUAUUGUUUGCGCUGUGCUAGGAGCAUGCCUAGCAGCGGCGGUGGAGGACAGGCAGCGGGCACCUUGUCAGGCAGAGGCCGUGGUUGCCGCGCUGCAAGCGGCGCUAACGCCGCUGCAAGAACAAUUACGGGAAACCAAGCGGGCACUGGAGGAAGAGAAGCACCAAAAUCUGAUACUGAAAGAGGAGCUAAGAAACCAGUUCCUGAGGGAGGCAGACACCCUCACCGAAACUGAGGUGCUGCUCGAGGGAAAACGGGUACGCCAAUUUUACCCCCAAAGGGACCUAAAAAGAUUAAAGGAGGCCGUAGACGGCCCCCCCCAUAUGUGCCCACUAGUCAAAACGGAAUAUGUAUAUGAGGAUGACAGCGACAACCGCCCCCAGGUUGUUACCAAAGAAAUCCCUUUCACAGCUACCGAACUGGCCAAGCUGCGAAAGGAUUUUGCCAGAAUGGCUAGGGAAUCCGAAACCGAAUACGUGUGGAGGGUAUCCCUGUCGGGGGGGGACGGGAUCCUGCUAUCUGAAAAGGAGGCAGAGGGAUAUUGGGGCCCGGGCGUGUUCCUCACAACCGGCGAUCGCCGAGCCCCGUGGUCCCUGACUCAGAGGGCCGCGUAUUGGGCGGGGGGGCUGAACCCUUUGGAAAGGGGGGAUCCCCUAGCUAUAACAGGUUCCGUCGAUGAAUUGCUGGAAAGUGUACAAAAAGCAGCUUGUCUGCAAAUGAUGUACGAUCAGGAACUCAAGCCAAACCUGAGCUCUCCGAUGUUAUUGCCGGUAGAUCCCGAGCGGAUGACGCCCCUAAUACGGGGACUUCCUGGUUCCCUGAAACCUAUUGGGAUCCAAUUGCAGGGGAGAAUCCAAGAUGUGCCCCGCAAGGAGAGAAUCGCGGCGGCCCUGGAGGGGAUGGUAACCCCCGAGCAUCGGUGGCUGGGGAAAAAGGUGUGGACCUGGGGGGAGGUAGCCCAGGAAUUGAUCAAUUAUGGGAGGAAAUACGGGCCAGUCGGCCGGACUUACCAAAGGGUGGAAACUAGGGCCGUGCGGGCGGCAGAGCCAGCAAGCAAGUCUCUGGCAUUUUCUGGGAGGAGCCCAGACUUAGCCAGAAGAGAAAGAUCCCUGACCCGGCAGGGACUAUGGCAAUUGGGGCUGCAAAAAGGCGUGCCCCGAGACUUGAUGGACAGGCUCCCGACCAAAAAACUAGAGCUCCUGGUACGGAGGUGGUCCGGACAGGGACCCCCGCCCAGACCGAAACCACCCCCCGCACCGGCGUUAAACGUGGGGGGGGGGGAGUUUGAGGAGGAUGAAAGGGCGGUGGGAAAACUAGCUCCUCGGCCCCCUCAGGGUGAGGGGGGAGGCGGAGGGCGGAUGUUUAUAAGACAGCUCACCUGCAAUAACAAAGGAGAUUUGUUCAUCACCGUAGGGGUGGGGCCGAAGAAAAGGCCUGUAACCUUUUUAAUCGAUAUGGGGGCCCAAAUUACAGCACUAACACGGAGUGAGGCGGAACGGUGUGGCAUCUCGGUCCCCUCCAAACACCUAAUAGUUUUAAGUGCUCUGGGGAAGACCCAGACUGUGCCCAUGACCCUGGUAACAUUGUGGUUACCAGGGGAAGAGAGUCCUGUGGACACCAUGGUGGCUGUGGGGUCUUUUCAAAUGAACCUCUUAGGCAUAGACGUCCUGAAGGGGAAACAGUGGCGGGACAUCCAGGGAAAUUUGUGGUCUUUCGGUGUUCCUCAGGUUAGAAGACUAACCGGAGAUUUCGGGGUGGCAGUGCGCUUGCUGCAAGCGGCGCCUCCCCUCCCCCCUUCCCGGCUGACUAAUGUAAAACCCUAUCCGUUACCUUUGGGAGCCAGAGAGGGUAUUGCCCCAGUAUUGGAGGGCCUGAAAAAACAGGGAGUUGUGAUCCCGGCACAGUCCCCCUUCAAUUCCCCUGCAUGGCCAGUUCGAAAACCAAAGUGUAAGUGGAGACUAACCGUAGACGAUUGGCAAUUAAAUAACAAUACAGACCCAUUGAUUGCAGCUGUGCCAAACAUUGCUGAAUUAAUAGCGACUAUCCAGGAGCAGUCCCACCCUGUGAUGGCAACAAUCGAUGUCAAAGACAUGUUUUUUACGGUCUCUUUGCAGCCUGAGGACCAAGAGCGUUUUGCCUUCACAUGGGAGGGACAGCAAUACACGUUCACUCGGCUACCUCAGGGGUACAAGCACUCCCCUACACUAGCCCAUCAUGCGCUAGCACAAGAGCUUGAAACUGUCCCCAUACAGGCAGGAGUCAAAAUUUAUCAAUACAUAGAUGAUGUGCUUGUGGGAGGGAGCCAGGUAGAGGACGUUGAGAAAACACAGCGUGACAUUAUUGCUCACCUAGAGCAGGUAGGGCUGAUAAUUCCACUCGAAAAGAUCCAAACUCCCUCCAGUGAAGUAAAAUUUCUGGGAAUCUGGUGGAGGAGGGGGAUGACCUGCAUUCCCCUGGAUAUCCUGUCCUCAUUAGACUCAGUUAAAAUGCUGGAGUCCAAAAAAGACCUGCAACACGCUCUAGGGCUACUCGUAUCCUGGAGGAAGCACAUUCCCAAUUUUUCAAUUAUUGCCAGGCCAUUAUACAACUUACUAUGGAAAAGGGCUCACUGGGAGUGGACCUCGGUCCACGAUGAGGCAUUGUGGCUGCGGGUUUUUGAGGCAAACGCCUACCAAGCUUUGGGGCCAAUCCACCCCACUGACCCUAUCCAGAUCGAAUGGGGAUUUGCCCGGACUGGGCUCUUUAUCCACCUGUGGGAGAAGGGGCUGUUUGUAGUCAGCCUUGCUGUAAGAGAGGCUGAACGAGCUAUUCGAAAGCAAACCAUAGUUCUCCGAGGUCCGUUUAAAGUGACCAAAGCAGUCCUGGCAGGGACCCUGCCCCCUGACGGGGUGGCUCAGAGAGCCUCUGUACGAAAAUGGUAUGCACAAACAGAGCAUUAUUGUGAAAUCUUCUCCGUAACAGAGGGAGCCACUAAAGUAUUAAAUAUACAAGAUGAGGCAGACUUGAAUAAAGAAACCCCCCAACUUCCGUCUGUAAUUCAAGUAGCUCCCACAUUUUCCGAUCAGAUCCUAAAUGCAUGGUUCACAGAUGCUUCCUCAAAGUGGGAAGGAAAAACCUGGAGAUACCGGGCUGUGGCGCUCCAAGUGGGGACUAAGGAGCAGAUCAUUACAGAGGGAGAGGGCAGUGCGCAGGUGGGAGAGCUGGCUGCAGUGUGGAGCGUAUCCCAAUGCAAAAGCCAGGCUACUUCCCCUGUACACAUCUACACGGACUCACAUAUGGUGUUCAAAGGCUGCCUGGAAUGGCUUCCUUUUUGGGAGCAAAAUGCCUGGGAGGUUAAUAGAAUAAUAAAUAUAUUCGGAGAGCAAAAGAUGCUAGUGGGAAAACCUACAAGAUUCACACAAAAUGGAUUAUUCCCUCCUCCUGACCCGAGGAGCGAGUUUGUUCUUAUUUAUGUUUUCAAAGGUGGUGGUCUGACCAAGAUGCAUCUACUGCUCUGGACCAUCUAGAUUCAAGGAUGCAUCCAUGAGGGCGACGAACGACCACUCCCUCUACCUUCCCCCAACCCAUUUAAUCCCUUCGAGAACAACGAGUUCAUGUUGCUGGCAAAAGCAGUAAGCCAAACUUUCAAUUUACGCCACUGCUGGGUUUGCGGAGGACCGCUAGGGUUAUCAAGCUGGCCGUGGACGUCCACACCCCUCACCCCAGACCAGAUCGUAAGCAAUUAUAGCGAAACCGCGGACGACACGUGGGACGACAGUGGGACCUGGCCAAUUCAGUUUCCAGCCAUGGGGCAAUAUUGUUUAAAUCGUACCCAGGAGGGAGGGAUCGAAGUGGGGGAAAGUAAAUGUCGAUGGACACUCGCUCGUAAGCCACUCGAUAAAGACGGGAAUCUCCACUUAUGGACGUGGCUCGAUGAAACGGGGCACAAUCGGGGAUUUGAGGGAUACUGGUCAAACAAAAAUGAAACUUUAACUCUCCAACGAUCCAAUUAUCCCCCUUACAAGCAAACCUGCAAAUGGGAAGGCGCUUCUGGGGCUUGGUAUUGUACCAGCCAAAAUAGGUGAUGGGACGGUCACAUUGGUCAGCCCUCUGGGCAACAGAGACACAACUUACUUUCAGUUCCCACCAGGGAUAGACAGGCCAUUUGCUCAGAGCAUCAGAGCUAAGAAGGGGCAUUAUUGGAUCUGUGGACACAGCAUAUAAAUUUUUACCCGUGGGGUGGUCGGGAAUUUGUUAUAUAGGGAUUAUCAGACCUUUGUUUUUCCUUUUACCAGAAACAGGCGGACCUCAGUUAGGCGUAAAGGUAUCUGAUAACCUCGGAGACAGAAGUGUUGCCUGUAAGACGCAAUCCAUUAAGGCAGAUUUGGGUGGGACGCAAAAAUGGGAGAAUAACGAGUGGCCUCCUGACAUACCCCCUGGAGGCCACAAUCCAGUGGAAAAGUUGAAAGAAUGAAUCAAACAAUUAAGAGAGAGGUAGGACAAUCAGCACCAGAUAUAAGGAGAAAGCUUCAGAAAGUAGAUGGUAUGUCGGGGAUGUUAAUAUAAGGUGUACAAUAACAGGGAAGAAGUAGAGGGAAAGGAAAAACAAAAGGAGAAACUGAAAGAUAAGAGGCAAAAUGCUGCAAUGUUGGCAGCUGCAUUUGCCCGGGCACAAACUUCCUCUCAGGGAAGGGGUUUUCCAAAAGGACAAGGAUGUGGAAGAGGGCAUAGAGUAGGAGGGGAUUUGGGAAAUAGAAUUCCACUGAGGAGAGAUCAGUGUGCAAUUUGCAGGGGGAAGGGGCACUGGAAAAAUGAGUGCCCGAAGAGACAAUCAGAUCAUUGGAAACCUCAGUCUGCAUCUGUUCCAGAGACAGAUUUGCUCAUGAUUGGUACAGAAGAUUCAGACUGACAGGGACCGGGGGUUGAGAAAUUGGAUUCCCCAGCCAAACCCCUGGUUUCAGUAAAGCUGGGGAAUGAAAUGCAAUAGAUCUUUUAACUCUGCAGUCCCAACAGAUGCGCAUGGCAAUCCGUCAGCACCGCAUGGUUUUAGACUAUCUGUUAGCUGAAGAGGGAGGGGUGUGUGGGAAAUUGAAUAUUUCCAACUGUUGUUUAGAGAUAGAUGAUGUAGGCGAAGUAGCUCUCCAGUUAACCAAAGAUAUCAGAAAAAAUAGCCCACAUCCCUGUCCAAACCUGGAAUGGCUGGAGUGGCGAUUCGUGGUCCUGGUUACUGGGGGCACUGUGAAUGAAACAGUUAAUAGUGUAUUUGUAAUGUGCAGUUGCUGCUUUAAUGUUCUUAUCUUGUAUAAUUCCUUGCUUUGUUCAAUUAAUCCGACAUGUUGUGUCAAAUAUGCAAUUUGUUUACCUGUUGUAACAAUCACUUACCUUGUUAACUCAAUUUUGAUGUUUGUUCUGUGAAGUUAUAUGUUGUUAAAGUUGUUAAAGAAUAAGUUUGCAUUGAGCAAGACCUCUGUUUAUUGUGCGUGCUUCUACCUUUUCUAUAUUUCCUUCUGAUCUCUGUCUCAUAUCACCACCAUGGACGAAGGCUAUGAAGACUUCAGGAAGGAGACGUACCAAUCAAUGUUUAAGUCACGGGGUGGUGUGGCGGACAGAUGAGUGAACUUUUGCCUUAAACAUUUCUUGGUACAUAAGGUGCAAGCAAACCAAAACCCCAAACAAGCCAUCUGUUCCCAGCGGAAACAGGACUGAGCUGCUGCGACCCUGAAAUGGUCUCCCUGCGACCAUUCGGGACACACCGAGCCUGCGCUGAACCGGACCACGAUCGGACAGAGACUUUGGGACCUGGACUGCAAAUUACUGCCGCUUAACACAACUUUUAUAAAACUUGCUUAGCCGCACUCCCUAGUUCAGUGAGAAAGGGCCCCAGAGCUGGUGCAGACUGGAAAGAUAAGGCAGUUACAAGCAGUUUGCAUUCCUAUGCGUCACACUCCAGGAGGGAGGAUGUCAAGGCUUUGAAAUAAGGCCUGCUUGGGCGCCAGGACCCUGGGAAACAAAGCCUCCCCUCACUGCUGAAACAGUGUUAAUUAGGGGGGGGUCUGGAUUAUAUCCUCCUCGUCAGGACCUUGGAAGAUAACACCUACUGUCACUGCUGGGGCAGUGCUAAUUGCUGGAACAACACCUCUUUGUCAGGGCCCUGAGAAAGAAGGGCAGAACCCGAGGAAUCAACACAUUUGUCAGCAGAAACCGCAACAGUAAAGAUAAGGGAGAAAAGCAGCCUGCCUGGGAACAACGAUGAGACCCAAUAGGGAGCAGGAGACCCCAGACCCAAAAAUUACUAUUGGUCUGAACUACCGCGUGAGGGGUGGGAAACUUAAUUUGAAAAAGCUAUAAUUGCCCAGGGAUUUCUUUGUUCAGGGUCCCUCUUCGGAGGCACCCAACUCGAGCUGUAACUACUGCACGCGUGUCAUUACAAUUUAUUUAUUUAAUUUGCCUUGAUUUGGCUCCAAACUUUUCAGCGGGAACCUAGGGUCGGACCCUGCUCGAGUUGUAAUUACUGCACGCGCAUCGCUAAAAUUUACACCCAGGGUGAAGAGGACCAACGGGACGCCGCUGGAUCCACGGGUGGUGAUAUCUCUUUCUCUCCCCCCCUUUUUCUCUCUCUCUCUUUCUCUCUCUCUCUCUCCUCCCCUUUGCCUUUCCCCACCUUUAUUCCCCACUCCGUGGAAAAUAAAGUUAAAAGGUUGUACGAUA